GCCGCCAGGACUCAGUGCGAGGUGGCGGCGGCGGCGGCUCCGGCGGCUAGUGCUGCGCGGUCCUGCUCGGCCGGCGCACGGACGCACCGGCUAGCCGACGGCCGGAGGGGCCGGGAGCAGACGCGGGGCCGUCGGGCAGCGAGCGGAAGCAAGGGCAGCGCGCAGCGAUUGGAACACCCGCGAUCGCCAGACUCCCGAGCCGCGCACUCCUCCCGCCGGUGCCAGGGCCGGGCCAUGGGGGGCAACAUGCCCGCGAGCACCGCCUGAAGACGCCGUAGCCCCUGCCCCCGCGAUGGGCGCCCCGGUUUGGGCUAUCGCGCUCUGCGUGGCCGUAGUGGUCGCGGCCCGUACCACCUCGGGGCUCCCGGCCGCGGAGCAGCGCGUCGUGCGGAGAGUGGCAGAGGACCCGGAGCCCGAGCCCGGCCAGCAGGAGCAGCUGGUCUUCGGCAGCGGGGACACCGUGGAGCUGAGCUGCCCCUCACCCGCAGGCGGCCCCGCGGGGCCCACCCUCUGGGUUAAGGACGGGGCAGGCCUGGCGCCCUCGGACCGCGUGCUGGUGGGGCCGCGGCGGCUGCAGGUGCUCAACGCCUCCCACGAGGACGCCGGGGCCUACAGCUGCCGGCAGAGGCUCACCCAGCGGGUCCUGUGCCGCUUCAGUGUGCGGGUGACAGAUGCCCCGUCCUCCGGAGACGAUGAGGAUGAGGAGGAGGAGAUGGAAGACACAGCAGGGGCCCCGUACUGGACGCGGCCCGAGCGGAUGGAGAAGAAGCUGCUGGCCGUGCCGGCCGCCAACACCGUCCGCUUCCGCUGCCCGGCCGCCGGCAACCCCACGCCGUCCAUCACCUGGCUGAAGAACGGCAAGGAGUUCCGGGGCGAGCACCGCAUCGGGGGCAUCAAGCUGCGCCACCAGCAGUGGAGCCUGGUCAUGGAGAGCGUGGUGCCCUCGGACCGCGGCAACUACACCUGCGUCGUGCGGAACCGGCUGGGCAGCAUCCGGCAGACCUACACGCUGGACGUGCUGGAGCGCUCUCCGCACCGGCCCAUCCUGCAGGCGGGGCUGCCGGCCAACCAGACGGCGGUGCUGGGCAGCGACGUGGAGUUCCACUGCAAGGUGUACAGCGACGCCCAGCCCCACAUCCAGUGGCUGAAGCACGUGGAGGUGAACGGCAGCAAGGUGGGGCCGGACGGCACGCCCUACGUCACCGUGCUCAAGACGGCGGGCGCCAACACCACCGACAAGGAGCUGGAGGUUCUGUCCUUGCGCAAUGUCACCUUUGAGGACGCGGGGGAGUACACCUGUCUGGCGGGCAAUUCUAUCGGGUUUUCCCAUCACUCUGCGUGGCUGGUGGUGCUGCCAGCCGAGGAGGAGCUGGUGGCGGCGGGCGCGGCGGGCAGCGUGUACGCGGGCGUCCUCAGCUACGGCACGGGCUUCGUGCUCUUCAUCCUGGUGGUGGCCGCCGUGACGCUCUGCCGCCUGCGCAGCCCCCCCAAGAAGGGCCUGGCGCCCGCCGUGCACAAGGUCUCGCGCUUCCCGCUGAAGCGACAGGUGUCCUUGGAGUCCAACUCCUCCAUGAACUCCAACACGCCGCUGGUGCGCAUCGCCCGGCUGUCCUCGGGGGAGGGCCCCGCGCUGGCCAACGUCUCGGAGCUCGAGCUGCCCGCCGACCCCAAGUGGGAGCUGCCCCGGGCCCGGCUGACCCUGGGCAAGCCCCUCGGGGAGGGCUGCUUCGGCCAGGUGGUCAUGGCGGAGGCCAUCGGCAUCGACAAGGACCGGGCCGCCAAGCCGGUCACCGUGGCCGUGAAGAUGCUGAAAGACGAUGCCACCGACAAGGACCUGUCCGACCUGGUGUCGGAGAUGGAGAUGAUGAAGAUGAUCGGGAAGCACAAGAACAUCAUCAACCUGCUGGGCGCCUGCACCCAGGGCGGGCCCCUGUAUGUGCUGGUGGAGUUCGCGGCCAAGGGCAACCUGCGCGAGUACCUGCGGGCCCGGCGGCCCCCGGGCACGGACUACUCCUUCGACACCUGCCAGCUGCCCGAGGAGCAGCUCACCUUCAAGGACCUGGUGUCCUGUGCCUACCAGGUGGCGCGGGGCAUGGAGUACCUGGCCUCGCAGAAGUGCAUCCACAGGGACCUGGCGGCCCGCAACGUGCUGGUGACGGAGGACAACGUGAUGAAGAUCGCGGACUUCGGCCUGGCCCGUGACGUGCACAACCUCGACUACUACAAGAAGACCACCAACGGCCGGCUGCCCGUGAAGUGGAUGGCGCCCGAGGCCCUGUUCGACCGCGUCUACACCCACCAGAGUGACGUGUGGUCCUUCGGGGUCCUGCUCUGGGAGAUCUUCACCCUGGGGGGCUCGCCGUACCCCGGCGUCCCUGUGGAGGAGCUCUUCAAGCUGCUGAAGGAAGGCCACCGCAUGGACAGGCCGGCCAACUGCACCCAUGACCUGUACAUGAUCAUGCGGGAGUGCUGGCACGCCGUGCCCUCGCAGCGGCCCACCUUCAAGCAGCUGGUGGAGGACCUGGACCGCAUCCUCACGGUGACAUCCACGGAUGAGUACCUGGACCUGUCGGUGCCCUUCGAGCAGUACUCGCCGGGCGGCCCGGACACCCCCAGCUCCAGCUCCUCGGGGGACGACUCCGUGUUUGCCCACGACCUGCUGCACCCGGCCCCCCCCAGCAGCGGGGGCCCGCAGACGUGAAGGGCCCCCCCCCCGACCGCAGGCCGAGCCCCCGCCAAUGUGAGAGUGGGCCCCGGCCCACUGUGCUGCUCUGGGUGUGCCACCGCCCACUGGGGCCGGCAGCCCAGGCCUGAGACCCGGCCCGGAUGGACGCAUGGGCAGACAGCGUUGCAUCUGCGUGUGUGUGUGUGUGUGUGUGUGUGUGUGCACGCCUGCAUGCGUGUGAGAGAGAGUCUCCAGGCCCCCGGUGCGGGGUCCCCGGGGUGCCCGGCCUGCUGUACAACGACCUCCUGGCCACUGUGCCAGCAGCACCAGGGGACGGAAUGUAGAAUGUAAGCCCCCCCCCAAGGCCCGCACCACCACCCCCAGGGAUCAGCUCCGGGCUUUGGCGUCCCCCAAGUGCCCCGGCGGAGCCUGUGGGGAGGGCCCCUCGGGGUGUGCCUCCUCCCCCUCCCCCCGCAGCACCUUGCGCCUGGGGGUGAGCGUUAGCACAGAGCCCCCCCACCCCUCAGUGACUGAGAUUACGGGUACCAGAAGGCAGGAGCCUUGAACUUCUAUCCGAGAGGUUUAUCCCAGAGAGGAGUGUACAUUUCUAUGAGUAGAUGCCGUGUGUGGCGCCCAUACACGUAUAUAAAUGUCCACCUGUGUCCAUCUGGAAGGAGAGAGGCUCCCGGGACGCCCGCGGCCCGAGCCCGGGAGGCCUGGGCCCCCCCUCCCCCGCAGCGACUCACACGGGUGCAGACCACCAGGGUGGGGGUCGGGGCCUUCCCAGCACCACAGUUUUGUUUUAAAAAUUGUACCUGGACCUGUACAUUUGUAAAGCUAUUUAUGGACCCUCGGGCCCCGGGCCUGCCCCCCCCCCCCGCCCCCCACAAAGCUGUAGCGUUCAGCCCGCCACCCAGCUGUGGCUCAAGUCUUAACUUAUUAUUAACAACCGAGGAGGUUUCUGCCUUGGUCAGGGGGCCGCUGAGGGCGCGCCCAGCGCUGGGCACCCCCGGCCGGAGCGGCCCCCUGCUCCCACGGGGUGCACGGUAGUGUGAGGUCACCCCUCGGGGGGGGGAUGGGGGAUGUCCUUCCUUUGGCCUUCGGUUGCAGGGGAAUUCAGUUUCUGUAGGGUUUUUUCUUUAGGAGAUUUAUUUUUGUGGACUUCAGAGCAAGCCGGUAUUUUCGUACGGUUGUGACGGCUGUGGCCCGGGCCGGGAGGCAGCUUCCCGGGGGGCCGGCCCUGCACGCAGGUUCAGAUGUUAUUAGAUGUUACAAGUUUAUAUAUAUAUAUCUAUAUAUAUAAUUUAUUGAGUUUUUACAAGGUGUACUUGCUGUAGAUUUAACACUUCUUACGCAAUGCUUCUAGACUUGCACAGCCCGGCCCGCUGCCUUCCUUCAGAGCUUGGGGGUGCGAGCCGGGAACUCAGUUCUGUUCCUUUCUGUCCUGUUACCGUGGCGAGUCGGGCGACUGCCCUCUGCUCGGCGGGGCGCGGGCGGGCGGGCAGGGGGGCGGGGUGGUCUGUUCUCGGCCCCCCGGCCUCGUGGGGGCCGGAGGUGUCGCCCGCACACUGGCAGACAUGCUUUCCAAAAAUAAACAGUGAUUCAGCUCA